AUGUUGAAGAGAGAGCGAGAGGAGGAGGAGGAGGUCGCUCCUUCUCUUGAGUCCGAGGGGAGUGAAGCCUCCUUGAAAAUGUUCCACUGGAACGCGGAAUUCGACGACGACGAAUGGCUCGACUUCGAGCGUCCUCCCCCUCUACCAACGUGGAAGAGAGAGCGAGAAGAGGAGGAGGAGGUCUCUCCUUCUGUCGAGACCUGGCAGGCGCCUGCUCCAACUCCAGCUCCAGCUCCUGCUGCCGCCGACCCAGAACAGCGCAUUGCUGCGGCUCAGGCAACAGUUGACAAGAAAUUGAAAUUGCUGCAGACUAUGGCAGAAAUGCCCGAAUCCGAACCUGAGAAGAGCUCGAGCCUCAGCUCCAGCUACAGUCUCUGGGAUGUUAAGCUGGCGCCGACAACUACAACUGUCGUUACAAUAUCGUCGUGUCGUCGUGCCGCUAUGCCUCUCCUCCCAAGAAUCAACUCAGAUGCUGCGAGGCCUGAGUCCAAGAGAGCAACGCUCAAGGCCUUCUUGCGAAAAUGGUUAAAGGUGAACUACCAAGACCUGCUAUGUAUGGCUUUCGUUGGCGCGCUUGCCUAUGGUAUCUACCAUUCUCCGGUCAUCAUCACACGAACGUUCCCGGUUACCUUCGAUGCGACGUCCGGCGAUAUCGUCUACCCCCAGUGGGCGUACCCUGACCGCGGCUGGAUCCUUCCCGCGUGGCUCUCCGGACUCAUCUCUAUCGCGCUACCAAUUAUCACCUACAUUGUCGCUCAGAUUCAGAUCAAGUCGGUAUGGGAUGCCAGCAAUGCUAUAAUCGGAACAGUGUGGUCCGUCACUUUGGCCUCGCUCUUUCAGGUCACACUGAAACAGCUCGUUGGUGGUUUCAGACCCUAUUUUCUCGACGUCUGCAUGCCCGACAUUUCGCUCGCAAAGUCGCACAAUAAAACUGGCUUGAAUGGAGUGGGCUUCUACCAGAUCAUGUACACCACCGAGAUCUGCACGCAGCCUGAUCAGUCUAGGAUACAAAACGCUAUUACUUCGUUUCCAAGCGGACACACGACUGCCGCAUUUGCCGGGUUUGGAUUCCUCUUCUUGUGGCUCAAUGCCAAGCUCAAGGUCUGGGCAGACCACAAACCAGCCUUUUGGAAACUUUCUCUCACUUUCGUUCCUUUGCUCGCGGCAGUUCUCAUCGCUGGCUCACUCACCAUCGACGCUGCACACAACUGGUACGAUAUCUUGGGUGGAGGUUUUAUCGGCACAAUCAUGGCAUUCGCGAGCUACCGAUCUACGUACGCUUCAGUCUGGGACUGGCGUUUCAACCAUCUCCCGCUUCAAGAAACAGAGUCUUUCCGAUAUGGCUUUGACGGUGACUUGGACUAUGCGGCACAGACAAUAUCCAUGGCUGCUGGAUGGGGAGGCAGAAAAGUUAGGUUGCCUGAAAGCUCGAGCGCCCCUGCUAUCAGUACUGAGUCUACCCUUCGAAGUGGCGCUGAAGAGAUAGAGAACUUGGAUGCGAACACUAGGAGGAAGCGAAGGGGUCCUGUUGGUGAGGAGGCUGUUUAG